CUUCUUUUCAAUGACUAAAAAUAAUAAAAGUCUAAGGCCACCAACUUAAGUUGUACAAAAAACAAUUAGCUAUGGUUUCUUCUCUGUUAACUAAAGUUGGAGGUUGUGUUGUUCAAUCUGCUCUAGGUUCGCAAACAGUUACUUUGGAUAGUUUUUGGCGGGAUCAAACAUGUAUUAUCACAUUUUUUCGUCGAAUGGGAUGCAAAUUUUGUCGAUUAGAAGCGAAAAAUUUAAGUCAAUUAAAACCUGCACUGGAUGCUCGCAAUAUUAAGCUAAUUGGAAUUACAUUCGAUAAAGAUGGUGUACAAGAGUUUAUUGAUGGACAAUUCUUUGAUGGAGAUCUUUAUUUGGAUGUUGAACGUAAAACAUACAAAGCACUAGAGUACAAAAAAGUUUCUGCAUGUUCUGGUCUCUCUUCUUUAUUCUCGAAAGCUGGUCGAGCUUUGAAUUCAAAGGUGAAAGCUGCUAAAAUACCUGGUAAUAUGUCAGGUGAUGGUUGGCAAACUGGUGGACUUCUCGUUGUUGAAAAAGGUGGGAAUGUAUUGUAUCAUUUUGAACAGAAACAAGUUGUUAAUCAUCCAGACUAUAAACGAAUUAUAGAUGUAUUAAAAAUCAAUCCACAAGAUGUACCGAAUUUCACUACAGUCAUGUCUGAAGCAUGUGAUAAUGCAUGUACACGAUAAAAAUGGUUAUUCGUCGUCUCAUUAUUGAUACUCAUUGAAGCUGAUGAUGAUAUUGAUAUUGUGCGGUUUCUCCUUUCUCUUGUCUUUACUUUAAGUAUUUGUAUUGUAAUAGUGAUUUGUGUAUCAGUUUCUACUUUGAAUGGUUCAAUGUUCAAUGUUCCAGUUAAGGUUGUUUUAACCAUCUAUUUUGAUGAUCACUUUCAGUUAAUUAAUUACAUUGUAUUUUAGCC